UACACAUUGGAACACGCCUCGCAUGUUCGUCGUGCGCCCGCAACCUGGUGCGGACCCGUUUCGUCGACGCUCAAUUCCUCGGUGCCUCCCGCAGGGCCGCCGUGACCGUCAUAGGUGGCCUCUGGGCGGACGAUAGAGCAGAGGCGCUUGUGAUCGUCAGCGAUCUGCAUCGGCUCGCAGCGGCAAGGGCACAGCGCGUCGCGGGCGCCAAUCCAUCCAUCCGCACAUGAUCGAGACUGUCAAUCUAUAGGACCUCGUGAAGCGCGGACGAUGCGCUCAGGCACCUUGCAGGUUCUCUCAAGUUCCUGUGCGAACCAAUUCUAGAGGCUGAGGCAGGGUAUAAAAGGCGGAUGGGUGGCAGGGAAAGCCCCAAGCAAGAGCAGCACACUCUUCCUUCCAGCCUAACAAGCUACCUCAUUUCGUCAAAGAUGUUCUUCCAAGUCACCUCUGCCCUCGCCCUCGCGGCGAUGGCGUCGGCCCGUACCUUCACGGUCUACAACGCCUGCCCGUUCACCAUCUGGCCGGCUAUGUUCACCGACCUUCACGCCGGCUCUGCCGUUCCCGACCACUCGACCGGCUGGGAGGCUCCCGCCUGGUCGAAGGUGACCUUCAACGUUCCCGACAACUGGACCGCGGGUCGUAUCUGGGCGCGUCGCAACUGCGACUUCUCCAGCAACCCGGGCCCUAAUUCGUGCCUCGACGGCGGCUGCAAUGGCGGCCUCGAGUGCGACCGCAACACGGGUACCGGCGUGCCCCCCGCCACCGUGGCGGAGUGGACGCUCGGCGACGGCCAAGGCCUCGACAACUACGAUGUCUCCCUCGUCGACGGGUACAACCUGCCCAUGCGUAUCACCAACAACGUGGGCUGCCCCGUCGCGGACUGCCCCGUGGACCUUGGCCCCAACUGCCCGGACAACCUCAAGGGCCCCUUCGAUUCCUCGGGCUUCCCCGUGGGCUGCAAGUCCGCGUGCCUCGUCGACCCGAACCCGUCGAACUCGCCGGCGUGCUGCAGUGGCCAGUGGUCUGGUGGCCCCCAGGAUUGCCCGUCCUCGGGAUCGUCGUCGUACAACUACUUCAAGUCGAACUGCCCGAACUCGUACGCGUACGCCUACGACGAGCCCAGCGGUACUGCUCUCUGGUACUGCGACGCUUCCAAGAGGGCUGACUACACUCUCACUUUCUGCCCUUAAUAUCUCAAUGGUAGUAGGAACGAUGGACUCCAUCAAUAAAUGGGCUAAAAUGGGUUGUAGUGAUGGAUAGGUGUAAAGCAAUGUAGAGUCUAUUAAUGGGUACAUUGUCUUUGGUUCAUUGGAUUGUGGGUGUUCAACACGUGAAACGGCCGCCUAAA